AUGGAUGUGUGGGGUGAGCUGGGCAAGCGCGUGCCCACGUGCCCGCACGGCCCGUUGCUGCUGUUUGAGACGCAUACGCAAGAGAGCAUGCAUGCGUUCACCAAGGACAAGGAGGAGAACGAGGAGAACGAGGGAGAAGCAAGAGGACGUGGCAGGGCCAGUAACAAGCAGCCGUCACCGCACACCCACGUGGACAUAGCGACACGGCAAAGGUACAGCUUCUGCAGGACAUGUUCUCGACUGCUACUGGCCAGCCAGCGCAAGAAGCACCCACGAAGCCAUGACGUCGUCGCACACGUUCCAACACACCAGCUCCAACAGCCCACCUUGCUGCUGCAGCCGGCCAGCAAGCGCCGCCAAAACGCGCAGUACCUCUUCUCCCCACACGACACGGCGUUCGUGCUGCAGAAGCUUCGUCAGCUCGGCGCUCAGCGCGUCGUUUGCAUGGGCUGCCCAUCCAUUCAUGAAGCCAUCCAACAGCAGAACCGCCACCCAGAGGACAAGGAGCAGCAAGCAACACACCACCACCACCACCACCACCACCACCAGCAGCAGCAGCAGCAACAGCAGCAGCAGCACAGCUUAGGAAAAGGGGAGCACUCGGUUGUGUGCGACAGUGACGGCACCUGUCUGGACAGCAUGCUGCUUGAUUUGGAUGACCGGUUCGCGCAGUUCUUCCCGACAUCCUACGCCAAGUUCAACAUGCUCAACACGUUCUUCUUCGACAGAACGGAGCAGAUGCGCGCCCUCGACUUCAUUGCCAGCGCUGAUGCCCUUGUUGUUGAUCCGCCUUUCGGCUGCCCACUGGCAGCACUCGCACACGCCAUUCACUGGAUACAGGACCGAUCCCCACGCGGCCGGGCCAUGCCUGUGCUGCUCUUCUUCCCGUACUUCUCUGCUGCGGGCCUUGCGCACGUGGUCCCAGAGCUGAAGCGCAGCAACUACUGCGUCACAUACACAAACCACAAGACGUACACACAGCCCGCACCGGCGCUGGCACGUGCGCCCGCCGGCAAUAUCGUGGCGGAUGCAGCGACACCGCCGGCACCAGGCAAGAAAGGCAUGCAGCGCAAGCACAAGUACAGACACAAGAAAGGGAAGCAGAGAAGCAAAGGCAGUGAUAGUGCGAGCCAAGAUGUGGAAACAAACAACAACAACAACAGCAGCAAUGCUGGUCCCGCCCGGCUGAAAGCAUCUCCUGUUCGCAUCUUCACCAACAUCCCGCUAUCUUCCUUUUCCCUCCCAUCCAAUCAUUACAGGUUCUGUGAAGAGUGCCAGCUGUGGACGUUCAAGCACGCUCCCCACUGCAGUGCGUGCGGCGUGUGCCCGUCGUUGAACGGGGAACCGUACCACCACUGCACCGAGUGUAAGACAUGUGUGAAGCCCCGCCGCGUGCACUGCGGCCGGUGCCGUCGGUGCGUGCCGGCGUCAUCCCACAAGUGCGGGGUGCAGCUGCGAGAAGCAAGUGGACAGUGCUUCUUGUGCGGGGGGCGUGGCCAUGCUAUGAUGCAAUGCAAACGCAGACCUGAGCACCUACGGCAUCUGGCUGCUGUGUGCAAGGCUGCGCUGCCUGAACAAACGCUUGCAGCCGUCAGUGCGCUGCAAACGUCUCGCACACAGCACGCAUCGUCCGCGGCGACGUCAAUUUCAUCGUCAUCGUCGACACCAACAUUAUCAACAACACCAACAUCAGCAUCGCCACAGCCGCGGAAGCGCGCAAAGCAGUGACGGCCAGCAACGCAUAUGGUGGGGGGGGGGCGAGAUGGUACAGGAACAUAGGCUAGCCACAGUCAGAAGCGCAUGCUCUUACGAUGCGCGCGUGUGUGUGCGUGUGUGUGUGUGUGCUUUUGUGAUUCGUUGCAUGCGCACCACCAGGCUCUUCUUGGUCAUGCAACCACAGCGUUGCGGAUAGCAUUUCAGUGUAUGUGUUGUGUAUAAACGAGAGGCGAAGCAUGA